GUGGUGCGUUUGUGUCAGAACCCGAAACUGGCGUUGAAGAACAGCCCACCCUAUAUCCUAGAUCUGCUGCCUGAUACCUACCAGCAUCUGCGGACCAUCCUGUCGCGCUAUGAGGGGAAGAUGGAAACCCUCGGAGAAAACGAGUACUUCCGCGUGUUCAUGGAGAACUUGAUGAAGAAAACCAAGCAGACCAUCAGCCUCUUCAAGAAUGAGGAGAACUCUCAGCCUAGGCGGAACCUGACAAAGUUAUCGCUGAUAUUCAGUCACAUGCUGGCAGAACUCAAAGGCAUUUUCCCAAGUGGCCUUUUUCAGGGAGACACGUUCCGGAUCACCAAGGCAGAUGCUGCAGAAUUUUGGAGAAAAGCUUUUGGUGAAAAGACUAUCGUUCCUUGGAAAAGCUUCCGGCAGGCCUUGCAUGAAGUGCAUCCGAUCAGUUCAGGGCUGGAAGCCAUGGCCCUGAAGUCAACGAUUGACUUGACGUGCAAUGACUACAUUUCAGUAUUUGAAUUUGAUAUCUUCACACGACUAUUUCAGCCAUGGUCCUCUUUGCUCAGGAACUGGAAUAGCCUAGCGGUGACUCAUCCCGGUUAUAUGGCAUUCCUAACGUAUGAUGAGGUGAAGGCCCGGCUUCAGAAAUUCAUUCACAAACCUGGCAGUUAUAUUUUCCGAUUGAGUUGUACACGACUCGGUCAGUGGGCCAUUGGCUACGUCACUGCAGAUGGCAACAUUCUUCAGACAAUCCCUCACAACAAACCUCUUUUCCAGGCACUGAUUGAUGGCUUCAGGGAAGGCUUUUAUUUAUUUCCCGAUGGCCGGAAUCAGAAUCCUGACUUGACUGGCUUGUGUGAGCCCACGCCUCAGGACCACAUUAAAGUUACACAGGAACAAUAUGAACUGUACUGCGAGAUGGGCUCCACGUUUCAGCUGUGUAAGAUAUGUGCUGAGAAUGACAAAGAUGUGAAGAUCGAACCAUGCGGCCACCUGAUGUGCACGUCCUGUCUCACUGCAUGGCAGGAAUCAGAAGGCCAGGGUUGUCCUUUUUGCCGCUGUGAAAUCAAAGGCACGGAACCAAUUGUGGUAGACCCAUUCGACCCCAGAGGAGGAGGAGGAUUAUCACGACAAGGGGCGGAAGGAACUCCCUCACCCAAUUAUGAUGAUGAUGAUGACGACAGAGCUGAUGAUUCCCUUUUCAUGAUGAAAGAACUUGCCGGUACCAAAGUUGAGCGUCCUCCUUCUCCGUUCUCAGUAGCUCCACAGGCCACCCUUCCUCCCGUGCCGCCACGACUGGAUCUUUUGCAGCAGCGAGUGUCCAAUCCGCCUGGGGCUUCCAGUCCUGGGACCACUUCAAAGGCUGUACCUGGUGCUCUUCACAAGGAUAAACCUUUGCCGAUCCCACCCACGCUCAGAGACCUCCCGCCGCCGCCACCUCCAGACAGGCCACAUUCCAUUGGGACUGAAGGUCGACCUCAGAGACGUCCCCUGCCCUGCACACCAGGAGACUGUCCUUCGAGAGACAAACCACCCCCUGUGCCCUCCAACCGUCAGGCAGAGCUGUGGCCAUCCAGGCCAAUUCCAAAAGCCCCAGCUGUAGCUCUCAGCCCUAGUGACCCUUGGGCUGGGAGAGAACUGUCAAACAGGCACUCGCUGCCCUUUUCCUUGCCCUCUCAGGUGGACUCCAGGGCUGACAGCCAUCGGCUCGGGAGCACGCUCAGCCUGGAUAACCCAGGGAGCUUGAACAGUGGUCCACCAACAACCUCAGAGUGUGAACACCCCAAAAUUAAAGCCUCCUCAUCUGCCAACGCGAUCUACUCCUUAGCUGCCAGACCACUGCCUGUACCAAAACUGCCUCCUGGGGAACAGUCUGAAAGCGAUGAAGACACUGAAUACAUGUCACCAUCCUCUCUGCCUGUGGUGCCUCCAGGUCCUGCUGUACAAAAAACAGAGAUCAAAAUGCCUUUGGAAAUGACUCAGAGUUUACGAGUUUCAGACUGCGACCCGCAGACGGAUGGCUGUAUGUAUGAAGCAAUGUACAACAUUCACUCCCAAGCAGCACCCUCUGCUUUCGAGGCCGUCAGCACUUCUGAUGAAGGGGAUCUGGCAGCAGCUACUGCCAGCAAUGGCCCUGAAGAGUCAGAAAAUGAAGAGGAUGGCUAUGAUAUCCCCAAACCACCGCUCCCAGUUGCUAUUGCUCGUCGCACACUGUCCGAUAUCUCCAAUGCCACACCUGCCUUCAGCCGAAUGUCUUUGGAGAACGAUCCUGUAACAG